GGCCCAGUUCCACGCUGGCCUACUCUCUUCCUUCUUUCCUUGCAGUUUGGUGCCGCCGUGCGCUGCCAGCCCUGCAUGGUCUUCUGCCUCCGUUUCCCAUCCAUUCCAUCUCGUUUUCCUCCCAUUCUCUCAGCUCAGCACUCUCUGAUCUGCAACACAACCCUCCCCCUGCGGGCGAAGUGUCACUGCCGAAUUGAAGCGAACGAGAGAACUCAGAAGACCUCGAAUCCGAGCCCCCAUUAUCUCCAGAAUUCUCUCCCUCCCCUGCUGUCAUGGAAGUCGAUGGUAUGAAAUCCAACAGUGGAAAUCAGAUUGCUCAGAGAUUCUCGAUCAAGGUGUUGCAGCUUUUGAAAUCUGCUCAGAUGCAGCAUGGUUUGCGUCAUGGAGACUACACUCGAUACCGGCGAUAUUGCACAGCCCGUCUUAGGCGUUUAUACAAAUCUCUGAAGCUCACGCAUGGUCGUGGAAAAUUCACUCGCCGGGCCAUAACUGAAUCAACUGUCACCGAAGUCAGGUUUCUUCAUCUGCUUCUUUAUACAGCAGAACGAGCCUGGAGCCAUGCCAUGGAGAAAAGACAACUUCCUGAUGGUCCCAAUGCACGCCAGCGCAUAUAUUUGAUAGGCAGGUUGAGGAAAGCUGUAAAAUGGGCAACCUUGUUCUCACAAUUGUGUGCCAUUAAAGGAGAUUCAAGAACAUCUCUUGAAGCUGAAGCAUAUGCUUCAUAUAUGAAAGGAAACCUGUUGUUCGAGCAAGAUCAGAACUGGGACAUUGCUUUGAUGAACUUCAAAAGUGCCAGGGCUGUUUAUGAAGAACUUGGUAAAUAUGGAGACCUAGAGAACCAAGUCUUAUGCCGUGAGCGUGUUGAGGAGCUAGAACCAAGUAUACGUUAUUGCCUACACAAAAUUGGGGAAUCAAAUCUGCAAACAUCUGAAUUCCUGCACAUUGGUGAGAUGGAAGGACCUGCACUAGACCUAUUCAAAGCUAAAUUGGAGGCUGUCAUGGCUGAAGCAAGAUCCCAGCAAGCAGCAUCCUUGACAGAAUUAUCUUGGCUUGGUCAUAGGUUUCCAAUAUCCAAUGCAAAGACUCGUGUUGCGAUUAUAAAGGCACAAGAUCUGGAGAAAGAUCUGCAUGGUCCAUUGGCAGACUCGAUGCCUGCAGAAAAAAGGCUAAUUAUGUUUGACAAAGUUUUUGCUGCUUAUCAUGAUGCAAGGAGCUGCAUUCGGAAUGACCUGGUCAGUGCAGGCAGUACUGAAAAUAUGAAGGAUGAUUUGAAUGGUCUCGAUAAAGCUGUUAAUGCUUUAUUAGGCCAGAGAACCAUUGAACGCAACCAGCUGUUGGUCAGCGUGGCGAAGAGCAAACUUAAUAAGCGCCGUGAUGAAAAAAAUGAGAAAGUUACAAAGCCUGAAGAGCUUGUUCGGUUGUAUGAUCUCUUAUUACAGAAUGUGGCUGAUCUUUCUGAUCUGGUUAGUUCUGGGAGAGACAGGAGACCCGAAGAAGUUUCAUUCAUGGAGGAGUGUGCACUCAAAAGCUUAUUAUUCCGAGCAGAGAGGUGCUUUUUCUUGGCGUGGUCUUAUGGUUUGGCUGGGAAGAGGGCUGAAGCUUAUGCUCUGUACUGUCAUGCUUGGUCCCUAGCAGAUGAGGCUCUUCGACAAUGUUAUACUUCAAAUAAUAGUGACGAGAUAAUGAUAAAAGAGUUGAAGGAGUUAUGCGACGAGUGCAGAUCUAGUAGCUGCAUAGAGCAUGCAACUGGGGUAAUAGAGGAAGUCAAGGGUCCAGAAAAUCUGUCAAAAGAAAUUUCUGCCAUGUCAUUGACCACAACUGGCAAGAAGUUGGAGAAACUAGUGGACAAACUGGAUGUGUAUGAAUCAGCUGUUGGUGAUUCAAGUGCGAAAGGAGUGCCGCACAUUGAAGCCUUCCCUCCUCCCUUAUUGUCAGUGCCUCGUAAUCCCAUUGUUCUGGACCUUGCUUAUAACUGGAUCGACUUUCCAUCUCUUGAGAAUCGGAUGAAGAAAGACAAGAAGGGCUUCAUAAGUAGGCUGUGGCGGUGAUCGUCCAAGUGACUUUACGAUUCAAUGGCGAAAAAACAAGAGUAACUUUAGGAUUCUGAACCACUCCUUUUCAUUUGAUAAUUGCAUGUGCAUUUUGAGUAGGUGGAAGAUUUUGAGAUGCACUAUAGGAUGCACAAGCGUUGGAAAGAUCCUCUCUCUUUGCUAUUGGGUGCUACAUGUUAGAUGAAGUGGAUGAUUUAUGCUGCAAAAAUUUUCCAUGGCA